AAAUCCCAAACCUGGCUGAGCGUCCACCUCUCCAGACUGCAGCUCAGCAGGAUUAGAGAUGCCGGCGAGUCAGUGCAGGGCCACAGAUCUGCUGCUCAUCCUUCUGGGCCCCGUGUUGCUGCGUGGAGCUGCCACAAUGGAGAGUCAAGCAUAUCCAGAUGAGGAGCAGUAUGAGCAGGAAAGAGAAGCAGCCUAUUGGGAUGCACAGGCCAGAACAACUCUGGAUGCUGCCCUCAAACUCCGUCCUCGAGAGCACCGGGCCAAGAACAUCAUUCUCUUCCUGGGCGAUGGAAUGGGCGUGUCUACGGUGUCAGCGGCCAGGAUCCUGCAGGGUCAGAUGGAAGGGAGGUCCGGGGAGGAGACGAUGUUGGCCAUGGACACCUUCCCAUACGUGGCUCUAUCGAAGACCUACAGUGUGGACAAGCAGGUCGCGGAUAGCGCUAGCACGGCAACAGCCUACCACUGUGGGGUGAAGGCCAACGCUAAGACAGUCGGACUCAGUGCCAGAGCAGUAGCGUACGAGUGCAACACCACAUUCGGGAACGAGGUCUUCUCCGUGCUACGACGAGCAAAGGCACAAGGUAAAUCUGUGGGGAUAGUGACAACCACUCGGGUCCAACACGCCUCUCCGGCAGCCGCAUACGCACAUUCGGUCAGUCGCAGCUGGUACAGCGACGCCGAUCUUCCGGCCAGCGCUCGCAAGCAAGGAUGUGUGGACAUCUCUACACAACUGGUCACCAAUGUCGACAUUGAUGUUAUUUUGGGCGGAGGAAGAAUGUACAUGACACCUAAAGGGACCCCUGAUCCAGAAUAUCCAACAUCAAACUCUCGUAAAGGAGAUCGCAAGGACAAGAAGAACCUUAUAGACGUGUGGCUCCGGGCGAAACCUAAUAAGAAAUCGAGCUACGUUUGGCACAAAAAAGAUUUUGACGCGAUAAACGUAAAAAAUACAGAUAGGCUCAUGGGUCUGUUUGAAGCAAAGGACAUGAGAUUUGAGAAUUUUCGGAAUGAAACACGGGACCCCUCCAUUGUUGAAAUGACGGAGAAGGCCAUCCAAAUCCUCAGCAAGAAUCCCAAAGGGUACUACCUGUUUGUGGAAGGAGGGAGAAUUGAUCAUGGCCACCACGACGGCGUCGCCAAGCAUGCUCUGACAGAAGCUGUGAUGUUUGACCACGCCAUCAGGCGAGCCACACAGAUGACCAAAGAAUCCGACACCUUGACUGUGGUCACUGCGGACCACUCGCACGUCUUCACCUUUGGUGGGAACACGCCCAGAGGGAAUCCGAUCUUUGGCCUCGCACCAAAAAAAGCUGGAGACCGUAUGCCUUUCACCAGCAUUCUUUACGCCAACGGGCCCGGCUACAUCCACAUUAAUGGAACCAGAGAAAACAUCACCAUGGUGGAUUACUACGAUGAGGAGUACAUGCAGCAGGCUGCCGUCCCACUGGAGGCAGAGACGCACGGUGGAGAAGACGUGGCCAUCUACGCCAAAGGCCCGAUGGCACACUUGUUUCACGGGGUGAAGGAGCAGAACUACGUUGCUCAUGUCAUGGCCUAUGCCGCUUGUUUGGAGCCAUACACAGACUGUCCUCCUCAUCCUCACAGCCACACUUCCGCGGGGCGCGUCAAUACACCGUCCCGCCUGCUGUUUGUACUUUUAAGUGUCACCUGGUUGCUCAGAUGACACUGAUGCACACUUUCUACAGUUUUAAUAAAAGAUAGGUGUACUUCUGUAUGGCAAAGCACAACUUUAAAAGGCAAUAUUUGCAGUCAAAGACACCUGUCCUGUUGUCCCACCGCUCAGCCUUAUCCUCAAAGGGGUCCCUCUUGCAAUAUCUACUUGGCGCCACAUUAAUCAGUCCCCUCUGACAGGCGAAGGGAGUUUAGCGUUUACGACUGAUUGUUUUACCUAUGUCCUGCAAAAAGGCCACGUCAGCUAAGUCACUCGCUGAUGUUGUUGGGUUCUGGUCAGCGUGAGUUUUUGCAGGUAAAAUUUGUGACCUUUUGUGGGUUGACAAACGAUACUUCUGUUGCCAAAAUGGGUGUGUACCCAUUCAUAUGUCAUCACUGUUUACAAACUCUGAACUGUGUUCUUUCUUCUACAGGAAUAAUAAGAUGAAAUCAAUACAAACCAAAAUCAGUUUUCACAUUUAUUCAUAUGAAAAGGUGCUUUUUUUCAAAGUGUAUCAUCAAUGCUUGGUGUUGGACUCCUCCCCCCUCAUUGAAGUAUGACUUGACGCACUGAAUUAUCUAAAGAUUUUAUAAUGGUCAAAACUUGAAGAAGGAACAUAUAUGAGCUGAUGCACACGGAGCAGUUGCUGAGUCAAUGAAGGAGGAAGUUUUCCAAAGAGAUCACACGAGCAUAAAAACAAACAUCCUGUUGCUGGUCCUUAAAUUCAUGGUUUUAUGAUUGAUUUAAACAUAUCUUAUCUAUCACACUGUUUGGAUAGCAGGUGUCUGUUUCU